AUGGCGACGGAAGCGACGUUAGAGUUCUACGGAACAACUACUUUUAGGCUGAAAUGGAAGGGCCUAACCAUCUUCCACGACACUUGGCUCGACAAACCAGCGGGUUUGAAACGAUACCUUGAGCUUGAGGAUGUAACGGAACUGGAUUACAUUGUCAUCUCGCACGCCCACUUUGAUCACCUGCCUGGCUCGGACCAACUCGCUCUCAGAACUGGUGCCACGGUGAUUGCCAAUGGUGAGGCUAUCAAAUGCCUCCGAGAUGCCGGCGUCCCCGACGCACAGUUGAUCCCAGUCAGCGGUGGCGAAAGGGUACCCUUAUUUAGCAAGGAAAUUCUCAGAAGAGCUGCGCAAGGCCUAAUUCAUCGAGCUCCAGCACCGCCGACAGCGCCUCCUAUGCCCCAUGUCAAGUACGCCACAGCGGCAGUCCACGUCUGGCCCUCAUUACACUCCCUGAUUCCUGCAAUUACACCGCAUGACCUCCCUGAAGAAUUCGAUACCGCUGAGAGCUAUACCGGCGAAGUCACCCCCUACGACUGUUCCUUGGACAUCAACAAACUGAUGCAGUUUGGUCUUUUCAAAAUGAAGGAGUUUCUGCCCGAGGAGAGCAUGGCCCCAGGGACGCGGGCCUUUGCCGAUUAUGUGCAGGACCGUAAGAAGCACGUCAUGUCGCACUUUGACGGCGGCCAGCUGAUGUAUAAUUUUGUCGCUGACGGGAAAGGCAUCUUGUUCAAUAGUCACUUGGGCGUGUAUCAAGGCAUCGCCCAGUGUCUGACACCCAAGCCUACAGUAGCUAUCCUGGGAGUUAGCGGUCGAGCAAAUCUUGAUGGCAGACCGUUCCAAGGCUCGGCAGCUGAAUUCCUUGUCAGGCAGGCAAAGUGGCUUGAUGAACCUACCAGCAUUUAUUUCUGCCUCAAUGAUGAAAAUAUCAUCAAGCCUUACAGAGUGGAUGUCACUGCCGCAAAGGAUAUGCUCGAACAUGAGACAGCAGCUAGAGCUAUUGAUACGCAGCUGGGGAAAGUUUACGGCUUGGAUAUCUAA